AUGUACGAAGGAAGCCUGCCUGCGGCUGUCAAUUACGGAGGCCUCGGAGCCGUCGUCGGUCGCGCGCUGGGAGGACUCUUCCUCGACGCCUACCGCCGGUACGGAGACCCGGCAUCGGCCACCGCGCUCGCCGAUGCGCGGUCCUGCUUGACCCGCGGCCAGUUUGGAGCGGUGGACAGUAUCGAGGAUCUCCUGGCCGAGGCGUUCGGCGUCGGCGCACUCGUGGCCGCCUACAAGCUCACCGCAACUGCCGAUAACGCCGUCGAAGGCAUGGAGGCGUACAGCAGCAUGCAGAUGCUGUUCAUCGCCAUGUGCCACAACAAGUGCAAGGGCAGCAUGAGAGGCAACAAGGACCCCGUGUGCAACGCGCUACUGCAGUACGUGCCCGAGUUUGCGGACGCGUUUCGAUGCCAGGCCGGUGCGCCGAUGAAUCCAUCGCGCCGUUGCAAGUUUCUUUGA